ACUUUGCUAGGAGUCCCCCGAUCACGACAAUCGACAAUGGAAGGCCUUUGCAUUUUCCGGCAUUGUCCUUCCCAAUCUCUUCCAGUUCCGGAGGGCACCUUAGUUCCCCAAACACGCACCCGCGCACCAUCCAGUUGCAGAGCCACUUUCGAUAGCCUAGUGGUUAUCAAUACUCUGCUCCCAUGGUUGUUAUACGGAAAGAAGUGUAUCACUCUGUCCCAUGCGUCCGUAUUCCAAAUGUCAUCCAUUACAAUCAGAUACCGUCGGCCGAAUAACCUUUUAUACACUGCGUCUCCUAAUUCAUGUUCGCUCGUUUGGCCGAACUUGUCCUCACUCCAACAUCGAAGGAUUUUUAACAAAAUCCCUUUGGAAUUAAUUUCUUGAGAGAUUGUAGCCCAUCCGCGCAUAUCAAAGCAUUCCACAAUA